AUGGCAAGCAGUCUUACACGUACUUUUCUUUUUGGUUCACGAGUCGUACAAACAAGUUUCGUACGAACCCUUGCCACUGGACAAAGCAAAGGUCCAAUGGAUUAUGUAAAACAAGGAGUCGAUCAACUUGGCCAAGCAGCUGAGAAAGUUAAAGAAGCUGUUAGCAGUGCCACGUCAACUGUUGUUGGUGCCGUAUCAGGUGAUGCUAACACUAAUAAAAAAGCUGAGGAAGCAAAACGACACGGCGAUCGUGCUGCUGACAAUUUCCGCAAUGCCGCUAACGAAGCUAAAAAUCGUUCAGGAUAUGGAAACACUAGUAGUUCAUCGCGCUCAAACAGCUUUAGCAGUGCCGAAACUACCACCGAUAAAAUCAAAGACAAAGCCAACGAAUUUGCGCAACAAGCUAAAUCUACCGCUAAGUCAGCCGGUGAAACAGCUCAAAACUAUGCACAACAAGCUGCCAGCAAAGCUCGCGAAGUCGCUGAUGAUGUCGCUAGUUCUGCCAAGAACGCAGCUAACAAAGCAGCCGAUUGGGCUAAAGAUAAAAAAGAAGAUUUAUCGUCUGAUUCGAAACGAUCUGCUGAUGCAGCAAUCAACAAAGCUCGUGAUGCAGUGAAAAGUGGUGCAGAUAGUAUCAAAUCUGGUGCUGAUAAAGCUGCUAGUAAGGCUAAGAAGACCUAUUAA